AUAAUGAGGUCAGAACGUGAGACGCUGCCUAGUAGAGAGAGGAGGUAACCGGGUCCGUCAAAGUACUGAAUGAAGUGUCAUGAUUACUUUCAGUCUCAUUGGGACAAAGUUAACCCAGGAUAUCAUCAACACAACCAAAUGUUUGUAAUAAGACAUGGAUUAGACGUGGUCUUGCAGUUCCGACAUGAGAUGGGGUCAGGUGACUUUGACUUGAAAUGUGAACUCUGACCUUGUCCAUGUCAGGUGAGACUAAGCCAAAGCCCUACCUGUACCGGGGCGUGUCUGAAGAAGAGGAGCCUGAGUCCCUUUGUGGCUUCAUGUCUGACCUGCACCAUAUGGGUGGAGCCUCUGAUGGCAGUGACAGCAGUCAUGAUCCACCCACUUCUCCAAGACCCCAAACCCAGAUGCAUGAAGAUCUGGAGAUGGGUGGAAACGGCUCCAGUGGAAGUGGCACAGAAUCUCACAACGAAUCACACAGCAAUGAAUCCCUCGGAAAUGAGUCUGUGGGAAGUUCCAGCAGGAACAGAAAGGAUUCAGCCAUCAUGGCAUCAUCAGGGAGUAAUAAGAGCUCAAACUCUCAAAGUCUUUCCCCUCCCAGUAGUAACAAUGCAUUCAGCCUGUUCAGUUCAGAGCAAGACAACCCAUCCACCAGCGGUUGCAGUAGUGAACAGUCUGCUAUGGCAAAGACUCAGAAAGAGCUUUUCAAGACACUGAAGGAACUGAAAUAUCAUCUCCAACCCGACAAACAUAGCAAGGGCCGGGCAAACACACUUCACACGCUUAGAUCCGCCUUACGCUGUGUCAAGCAAGUCAAAGCUAAUGAAGAGUACUACCAGAUGCUUAUGAUCAAUGACAGCCAGCCCUCAGGUGUAGAUGUAUCCUCGUACACCAUUGAAGAAAUCAACAGUAUUACCUCAGAGUACACCCUCAAAAAUGCGGACAUUUUUGCAGUUGCGGUGUCCCUUAUCACCGGGAAGAUUGUGUAUAUAUCGGAGCAGGCUGCAGGAAUCCUGAACUGCAGGAAAGAUGAAUUCAAAGACAGAAAGUUUGUGGAGUUUCUGACACCUCGUGAUGUUAGCGUUUUCUACAGCUUCACUACGCCGUACAGGCUUCCUUCCUGGAGCAUGUGUACGGGAACAGAUUCAUCAUCCACUGAAUUCAUGCAAGAGAAAUCUUUCUUCUGCUGCAUCAGUGGUGGAAAAGAGAAAGAAGGAGAUCUGCAGUACUAUCCCUUUAGGAUGACACCGUAUCUGAUGAAGGUUCAGGAUGCUGAGUUAUCUGAGGAACAUUUCUGUUGCCUUAUACUAGCUGAGAGAGUUCACUCUGGAUAUGAAGCACCAAGAAUUCCACCUGAUAAGAGGAUCUUUACUACAACACAUACACCAAACUGUGUGUUUCAGGACGUAGAUGAAAGGGCAGUGCCUCUGUUAGGAUAUCUGCCCCAGGACCUGAUUGGGACACCUCUGCUUUCACAUCUCCAUCCCAGUGACAGACCUCUCAUGUUGGCAGUGCACCGGAAAAUUAUGCAGCAUGUUGGGCAGCCAUUUGAUCAUUCCUCCAUCCGGUUCUGUGUGAGGAAUGGAGAAUACAUUACAUUAGAUACCAGCUGGUGUAGCUUUGUGAACCCCUGGAGUCGCAAGGUGUCCUUUGUUAUUGGACGGCACAAAGUCCGCAUGGGUCCGAUGAACGAGGAUGUGUUUUUAGCACCCACGUUCACAAAGGAAAGAAUCAUGGAUUCAGAUAUACAGGAGAUCACUGAACAGAUUCACAGACUGCUUCUACAGCCGGUCCAUAGCUUGGGGUCCAGUGGUUAUGGAAGCAAUGGUUCCCAUGAACACCUGAUGAGUAUAGCAUCCUCUAGUGACAGCAAUGGAUACAGUGGCAACAGGAUCAGAAAAGAGGAGGGUACCAAGAACAAACCGAGGUCAUUCCAGGAGAUUUGUAAAGGGGUUCACCUAAUGAAAGCACAGGACCAGCAGGCCUCUACCAAACCCCAACAGAAAAAGACGUCAGACAUAGGAUUCAAGUCUCCUGUUGUAAAGCAGAAAGACUUGGCCAAAGAUGGACCUGCAGUGAAGGAACUUCAGGAGCACACUUUGUACUCGUACCAGCAGAUAAGCUGCCUGGCCAGCGUCAUCAGAUAUCUGGAGAGUUGUAAUGUCCCAAACACAGUAAAGCGAAAGUACCAGUUCUCUUCGAACACCACGUCCUCAAAUUCAGAUGAGGACAGAACGGCCUCCGAUGCCAAUCUGCAGCAAACUGAGGAUCCACAAAUUAUAGAGAUGCCAUCCUCUCUGAAUGUUAAGACAAAUGAAAAACCUCCAGGUCCUGCCCAGGUUGUGGGAGGACCUUUAUCACCAUUGGAUCUGCCCAGCAAAGCGGACAGUGUUGUGUCUCAGUGCUCCUACAGCAGCACAAUUGUACAUGUGGGGGAUAAGAAAACACAGCCUGAAUUAGAAAUUAUUGAGGACGCUCCAGAAAGCCCUGCUCUUUCUGCACCUGUCAAUGUGGUUUCUCCACCCACAGUGGAGCAGGAAGCCUAUAGGAAACUGGGACUCACAAAACAAGUGUUGGCAGCACACACACAUAAGGAAGAACAAGCGUUCCUCAGUCGUUGCAAGGAACUUCGACAUGAUCCGUCCCUCCGGACAGAUUGUUUACCUAGCAUACAGAAAAACAGAGCACAAGGAGCUUGUGUAUCCAAAGCAGGACCGGGUGGGCCUGGUAUAGAACCAAACACCAAGAAGAGUUGGCGCACCAAAAGGUCAAAGAAACCACGCACUAAACAUCCAGAUUCAUCGGAUAAUGCUGCAUCUCAACACAGACCUCUCCCACCCCUGCAGGGCUUGAACCAAACAUCUUGGUCCCCCUCAGAAACAUCACAAUCUGGGCUCUCAGUUCCAAUUCCCAGCGUGGUUCCAGGAUAUCCACUUUACCCUAUAGUUCCAUCCACUAUGCCGCCUCAAGCCUCUACGGGAAUGGCAGAGUCCCAAGGCAGUCAGGCUACAGCCGCUGCCGCUACCUAUCCUCCUCCAUUAGUCGCACCCAUUGUUGCACUGGUUGUACCCAGUUUUAUGUUGCCACAGAUAGGUACAGCACCUCGCGCUCCACUAUAUGCUGAUACUCAGCAAGCCUUCAAUGCUGUCUUUCAAACUCCACAAGCCUACGAUACCCAGCAUCCCUUUCAGCCCCAGCAAGCCUACAACAUCCAGCAGUCCUUGCAACCCCAACAAGUCUACCCCAGCCAACAAGUAUUUCAGCCCCAACAAGCUUAUUCCACCUCGCAGCAUGUUCAAAAUCGUCAAGGCUGUAGUACGCACCAGUCUUAUCAGCCCCACAUCACCUGUACUCCCCAGCCCAGCCUGACACCUUUUCACUGUGGACUGACGUCCGACUCCAAACCCUCUGCCGUUGAGUGUCCCUCUCCUUUGCCAGCCUCCCACUCUCCCCCGCUGUUCGAGUCUCAAUGUAGUUCUCCAUUGCAGCUGGACUUGCUUCAGAUGGAGGAAAAACAGGACUUUUACAGUGCAGCGCCCACGUCCUCCACCAAGGGGAACUGUAGAUCAGCACAGGACAAAAAUAACCCAGACUUCAAUAGCACAUCUUCUGCACCAGAUGACUUACAGCAGGUAUGUUACUUAGCUGAUGGCGGUAACUGUAGUGACCACUCGUCUUCUAGCAGCGUGCUGGAACUGUUGCUGCAGGAAGAUUCUCAUUCUGGCACUGACUCGGCAACAUCAGCAUUUACUUGCUUCACAUCCAAUGACGGUAACACCAGUGGCACAGGAAGCAACACAAGCAAGUAUUUCGGCAGUGUGGACUCCUCAGAGAACAAUCAAAAGAGCAAAGUGACCCUAAAGAUUCAAGAGAACUUUGCCAAAUAUGUUCUUCAAGAGCCUUUACAGGAGCUAAUGGCUAAUGCAGAUGACCGUGUCAUGAUGACAUAUCAGGUGCCAUCAAGGGACAUGGACAUGGUUCUGUUUGAAGAUCGGGAGCGAUUGAGGCGUAUGCAAAAGAAUCAACCACGUUUUUCUUCAGAACAGCGCAGAGAACUGAUUGAUCAGCACCCCUGGAUGAGAAGAGGAGGCUUGCCCAAUGCUAUCAAUGUCAAGGAGUGCAUGUACUGCGAGGAUGAUGCAUCUGUUUUACUAGAAGAGGACCUGCCUAACAUGGAGUUGGGUAUUUUGGGAGAAGUGAGACAAGACAAGAGAGGACCUCCAUCACAGGGAGAGAAGCAGCAGCCUAGUGGAUAAACUAUGUCAUGACAGUCUGUUCAUCUUUGUCUGACAAAUGUGUGCGCAUACACACAGAGAGAACAUGGUCUAUUUAUUAGGUCUCCACAGAUUUCUCCUGUUAUUUUGUAAGGAUUAUAAAAGUGUUUAUUUUUGUGCAUGUGACAGGAUAAAAGUGUGCCAGCUAGCUGACUGCUUAGCCCAAAGGUGCUAUUCAAAGUUACGGGCUCUGAUUGGUUCGAAAUGCUGAAACACGGACUUGUCUUUUUGAUAACACUCUGAAACAAUUCAGAUUUUUAUAGUUUGUUUAUCAAAAAACUGUAUUUUAUUAUGUAGCCUGUAGUACUGUAUGUAUAAAUGAAAGAUGUAAGAGACCCACAGCACAAGAAAUGGGUCAGUACCAUGGCAACUACCUGAAAAUCCAAACCAGGUUAUAAAACCACAAUACUGUGAGUUUGGGGACCAUUAUAGGCAGGCGAGCGACUGCCAGUGCAUUAGCCUGACAAGAUGCUCAUCUCUUGUUAGAACAUGUAUUUGGGAUUUCUGGGAUGUGCAAUCAUAGGAAUUAUUAACAUUUGUAGUGUUUUUUGUAGGUCAUGAAGCAAUGACCAUGGAGCUCAAUUUGCUCUUCCUCUAAUCUCAUCUUUUGUCCAUUCAGAUGUUUUAUUAAUCUAUAAAAGAUGUUAUGGUACCAAUACUCAAACAGGGGAAAGAAAUGGACCCAGAUACUGUAGCCCUGGAGUCUAUUGCUACCCUGGCUGGUUAUGUAUAGCACAUUGACAGACAUUAGUAAUGAACGAACUCCAGGUUUCAGGGUGUUGUCACUCAUGCAAUUGUUUGUGUCUUUUUUAUAUGAAUGUAGUAACUAAACAUGUCACAUUAUGCCUACCUUGUAAUACAAAGAGAUCUCCAGUUCCACAUGCGUUGUAAUGGCUGACAGAGGAAAAUCUUGUUUUGAUAAAAGACAAAAUCAGUAAAUUUUCAUUAAACUGAAACAUCAACUGCA